CAAAAUAAAAAGGAACUCAAAAACCUACAAAACCCCUACCUACCACCAUCUUCAUCACCACCACUUCACCACCACCAUCUAACAAAAAUGCAGGCUUCUCUCAUAUCCUCUCCGGCCUGUUUCUCCACCACCACCACCAAAUCCACCAUCAAUGGAGAUUCUUUAUCAUCAUUAUCGUCAUCAUCUCUACCCAUUCAACAAUCUCGUUUAUUAAAACGCCGCCAAAAGCAUUGUUUAAGAAUAUCUGCUUCUUCUUCUUCUGAAGAAUCUCCUCCUCUUGAAGAACAAAAAUUGAACAAAUACAGUUCAAGAAUCACCCAACCCAAAUCUCAAGGGGGUUCUCAGGCAAUUCUUUAUGGAGUUGGUCUAUCUGAAGAGGAUAUGCAUAAACCUCAAGUGGGUAUUUCUUCAGUCUGGUAUGAGGGGAAUACUUGUAAUAUGCAUCUUUUACAUCUUGCAGAAGCAGUUAAAGAAGGGGUAAAAGAAGCUGGAAUGGUUGGGUUUAGGUUUAAUACUAUUGGUGUUAGUGAUGCAAUUUCUAUGGGUACUAGAGGAAUGUGCUUUAGUUUGCAAUCUCGGGAUUUGAUUGCUGAUAGUAUUGAGACUGUUAUGUCUGCUCAAUGGUAUGAUGCUAACAUCUCCAUCCCUGGAUGUGAUAAAAAUAUGCCAGGUACAAUUAUGGCAAUGGGCAGGCUUAACCGACCAGGUAUCAUGGUUUAUGGUGGAACUAUUAAGCCUGGUCAUUCUGCAGGAAGUACAUAUGAUAUAGUAUCUGCCUUCCAGGUUUAUGGAGAGUUUGUCAGUGGGUCCAUCAGUGAUGACGAGAGAAUGAAUGUCAUAAAGAAUUCAUGCCCUGGAGCUGGGGCUUGUGGUGGCAUGUAUACGGCAAACACUAUGGCUUCUGCUAUUGAGGCUAUGGGAAUGUCACUUCCAUACAGUUCAUCAAUUCCGGCAGAGGAUCCGUUGAAGUUGCGAGAGUGUCAUAUGGCUGGAAAGUAUCUUUUAGAUUUAAUCAAGAUGGACUUGAAACCACGAGAUAUUAUCACCAAGAAAUCUUUACGCAAUGCAAUGGUUGUUAUUAUGGCCCUUGGCGGUUCCACAAAUGCUGUUUUGCAUUUGAUUGCUAUUGCAAGGUCUGUUGGUCUGGAGCUUACUCUUGACGAUUUUCAGAAAAUCAGUGACGAGGUCCCUUUCCUCGCAGAUCUUAAACCUAGCGGUAAAUAUGUAAUGGAGGAUCUGCACAAGAUUGGUGGAACACCAGCAGUCAUUCGGUUCCUUCUGGAGAAAGGGUUCUUAGAUGGUGAUUGUAUAACAGUCACCGGAAAGACACUGGCUGAAAAUGCAAAAAUGUGUCCUCCGUUAUCAGAAGGACAGCAAAUAAUAAGACCACUGGACAACCCGAUUAAAGCGACUGGCCACAUACAGAUUUUGUAUGGAAACCUAGCUCCGGAGGGAUCUGUAGCAAAAAUUACUGGAAAAGAAGGGCUAUAUUUCUCAGGUCCAGCGCUUGUUUUUGAAGGUGAGGAGUCAAUGCUAGAAGCUAUCUCAGAGGAUCCUGCGAGUUUUAAGGGAAAAGUUGUCGUCAUCAGAGGAGAAGGACCCAAGGGAGGGCCAGGAAUGCCUGAAAUGCUAACACCAACAAGUGCUAUAAUGGGAGCAGGUCUUGGGAAGGAGGUUGCGUUGUUAACUGAUGGUCGAUUUUCAGGAGGUUCUCAUGGUUACGUUGUUGGGCAUAUAUGCCCCGAAGCACAGGAAGGUGGUCCAAUUGGUCUGAUCGAAAAUGGGGAUGUCAUCACAAUUGAUGUUGAGAAAAGAAGAAUGGAUGUUCAGUUGACUGAUGCUGAAUUUGCUGAGCGUCGAAGCAAGUGGAAAGUGCCUGCGUACAAAGCUGACAGAGGAGUUUUAUAUAAGUACAUCAAGAAUGUUACAUCAGCUGCAAAAGGUUGCGUGACUGACGAGUAAAGCAGCAUAAACGGGGACGUUUGUUGUAGAGUCAAAUUUUGUAUAUGAUGCCUUGAGUUAUUCUGCGGAUUUAGAGCAAUAGGGUUCUUCUAUAGAGGCAGCAAUCUUUAUGUGUUAUUCAAUUUGGACAUUAGAGCUGAUGAGGAAUCUCAGCAGUUACUUCGAGACAAUGAUAAUUAAAAUAGUUUCACUAUUUUAAUUUGUAUUCUUAUACAAUGAGAUAUAAAAGUAUUUGAAGUACAGAGACAAAGUCUCGGUUCGGUCA